AUGGUCUCCCCCUUGAGUGAUGCGAUUAAACUUCCCUGCGGGUUAGUCUUGCCUAACCGGCUUGCUAAGGCUGCAAUGGCGGAAAUGCUGGCCGACUGGGACCAUAACCCAACUCCAGAUCUUAUCGAAGUCUACAAUCAAUGGGGCCAAGGCGGAUGGGGCGCCAUCCUCACCGGAAACGUCCAAGUCGACAUAAACCAUCUAGGAAGUCCCUUCGACACCGCCCCACCAUCCACCUACACCACCGCAGACCAAAGCCCCACCCUCGUGCAAUCCUGGGCCAAAUACGCAGAAGCAUGCCAACAACACGGCACCCCAGCCAUCGUCCAGCUCUGCCACCCAGGUCGCCAGUCGUUCCGUGGAGCUGGGAAACGGGGCCUUUUUGCAUCGACUGUUGCGCCUAGUGCGGUUCCGUUGAGGAUUGGGGAGGGUUGGGUUGAGUGUGUGCUGAGUAAGGUUGCUUUUCCGGCGCCAAGGGAGAUGAGCAGGGGGGAGGUUGAAGGUGUUGUCGGGCAGUUUGUGGAUGCAGCGAGGUUGAUGGCUGAUGCUGGGUUUUCGGGGGUGGAGUUGCAUGGGGCACAUGGGUAUUUGAUUGAUCAAUUCUUGAAUCCGAAGACAAAUCUUCGCACGGAUGAAUACGGAGGUUCUGUUGAGAAGAGAACCAAAUUCGUUCUGGACAUCAUAUCUGAAACCCGAAAAGUUGUCCCUGCAAAAUUCGCCAUCGGCGUCAAACUUAACUCAGCAGACCACAGUUCCGUCAACUUUGAAGACACAAUGACUCAAAUCAGGCUCUUGAAUGAAGCCGGAAUCGACUUCCUCGAAGUUAGCGGUGGAAGCUACUCAGACCCAAAGAUGAUGGGACCCACUACCACCCAACAACCUGAACAAUCCCAACAGCCCACCCGCACCGCCGCCCGCGAAGCCUUCUUCCUCUCCUUCGCAACUGAAACCCGCACCCGCUUCCCAAACCUCAUCCUAAUGCUAACAGGCGGUUUCCGCACGCGCGCUGGCGCUGAAGACGCCAUUAAACAGAAUGCCUGUGAUGUUAUUGGUAUUGGUAGACCGGCUGCUAUCAAUCCGAAGUUCCCGCAGUUUUUGUUGGAUGAAAGUCUUCCGGAUGGGGAGGCAGGAUUGCCAUUGAAGAAGGUGGGAUUGCCGUGGUAUGUGAGGCUGCUGCCGAUUAAGGCUGUUGGGGCGGGGGCUGAGAGCAUGUACUAUGGUAACCAGAUUAAACGAAUAGGCAAGGGCCUUACUACGUCUGCUCCUGCUUAG